CAUGUUUCCAGGUGUCACAUUCGCUGCAAAGGGCUACUUCGAGGCUCUGGUGCGGAUGGGCGAGAUGGCCAGCGAAAGUCAAGGCUCUAAGGAUCUUGAGGAGGCAGCAUGGGAGGUUCUCUUUCAGAUGGCUGAAGUGCACAGACAGAUCCAGGUCCAGCUGGAGGAGAUGCUCAAGUCUUUCCACAACGAGCUGCUCACGGAGCUGGAGAAGAAGGUGGAGCUGGACGCCCGCUACCUCAACGCUGCGCUGAAGAAGUACCAGACGGAGCACAAGGGCAAAGGGGAGAGUCUGGAGAAGUGUCAGGCGGAGCUGAAAAAACUGCGCAGAAAGAGUCAAGGCAGCAAGCACCCGUCCAAGUAUGGAGACAAGGAGAUGCAGUAUGUGGAGGCCAUCAGCAACAAGCAGAGCGAGCUGGACAACUACAUCGCCGAGGGCUACAAGAACGCUCUGUCCGAGGAGCGGAGGAGGUACUGCUUCCUGGUGGACCGCCAGUGUGCCGUGGCCAAGAACAGCAGCGUGUACCACAGCAAGGGGAAGGAGCUCCUGUCCCAGAAGAUCCCGGUGUGGCAGCAGGCGUGUGCCGAGCCCAACAAGCUGCCCGACCGGGCCUUGUUCCUGGCGCAGCAGAUGAGCGGCGUGGCUCACCACGCCGGCCUCUCCGAGCCGCCCGCCGGGGCCAAACCGCUGCCGGUGCCUCCGGAGCUGGCGGCCCUCAGGGCCAGCGGGGGCCUGGGACAGCAGAGGAUGUUGGGAGGUGUGGAAGGAGGGAUGGCGGCGCUGAACGGCACGGCAGGGGCCCGCGGAGGAGCGGACUACCAGCAGUGGAUGGAGGGCAAGGUGACCCAAGCCAAAGCCCCCCCGCAGACGCAGAGGCACGCGGGGGAGGUCUACUCCAACACCCUGCCUGUGCGCAAGGCGGCCCCCGCCAAGAGCAAGACCACUCUGACGGAGACCCGCACGCUGCCCCGGUCCAGCUCCAUGGCAGCGGGGCUGGAGAAGAACGGCCGGACCCGAGUCCAGGCCGUGUUCUCCCACGCCGCCGGGGACAACGGCACCCUGCUGAGCUUCUUCCAGGGCGACGUCAUCACCCUGCUGGUCCCCGAGGCCCGGGACGGGUGGCACUACGGCGAGAACGAGAAGACCAGGAUGCGCGGCUGGUUCCCGUUCUCCUACACCCGGGUGGUCUCUGAGGCCGACGCCAGCAGGCAGCCCCCGGCUCACAGCCUCCUCGGGAAGAGCAGCAGCACGGGCAACCUUCUAGAGAGAGAGGACAUGGCCCCCCCCGCCCCUGACUACGGCAUCCACCCCCGCAUGGCGCUGCAGGCCCGACAGCAGCAGCGCCCCUACAGCGUGGCAGUGCCAGGCUUCUCACAGCCUGGAGUCGAGGAGUACGAGUCCCACUUCCCCACCAGCUCCUCGGAGGGCAAAUUGAUUUCGACAGUGUGAGGACAGACAGACGAUGUGAUAGGACAGACACCUUGCUGAGCAGACCCCCCCCGACCCCCUUACGCAAUAAACCCUCCUGCCUCAGUCAAUCAUUGCGAGGAAGAGGCUCUGCUCGGUGCCCCCCCCCCCCCCCCCCCAUGGUUCUGAUUUGUGAACCGGGGGGAGACGAGGAAUCAUCCCAAUGAAUCUCUGAGUGUAUUUACCCCUGAUUGUACCUGAGAGCAUCUGUACCUGCUCUGUUCAUCCAGCACCUUCAAGUAAUAACCUCUGUCUGACUUCCUGUUGUGGUGUGUGAGUAUCACCUGUGCCCCCCCCCCCGCCCCCCUCCCUGAGCGACCCGCCGGGCUCGGAGCUGCUUUUGGUUCUGAAGUUGUAAUUAAUUAAAAUGCUCAACGUUCCAGCUUCUCAAAGCGUUUCCUGUUGUUUCAUUGAAGUUGAAAAGUUUUCUGUGGACUUUUGGUCAAAGAAAAGACAAUUUUUCAGACUAAAGAACCUUCGUUGAUGCGUGAAGGCGAAAAAACAGCUGCUGUCUGAUCUCCACUUACAACCAUCUGAGGUCCGUCUGUACCAUCGGCCUGAUUCCAUCAACCUUCUGCAGCAAUAUCACUGUCAAUAACAAAUGUGCUGAUGAACCUCUGGCUCCAGAGACUCCGAUGAGGCAUCAUCACCAUCGUCACCAUCUGAGUGGGCUCCUCGGAGGUGAGAGGAGCUCGUUGGAUGUUGAAGCUCCUCCGGCCUCCGUGUGCUCAUAAGGGCUUCGUUUGGUUGUCUGUGUGCUGAAUAAAGAUCUGCUGCUCGUCCAUUCCAACAUCUGGAUGUGUGUGAUGUCAUGAGGUAGAGAAGAACUCUUUGUCAUGCUGUGUGCACAGCAGUAGUUGAGCUACAUGUGACCUGCCAAAGCCUCCCGGUCUGCCCCCCCUGCUGCUAGAACAGGUACCGCAUCCAAUUAACUGUGUGUGUUAUUACCAACAAUACAUCUGCAUGUGUAAAGCCAUGUAAGACUUUCUCUGGAGGACAUCCUGAAUGUUGACCCCGGGGGGGGGGGGGGUCUCUGCCUUUCAGUACUCGGCCUGGUUUCGCCCGUUUUUGAGCCCCCGCUCCUCAUCGUAAGUGACCGAGCUCGUGUCCUCGUUCCCUCCAUGGUGUCGUGGUCCAUCUGGUUUCUCUGGGUUUCUUUGCGUGAUCCAUUUGGCUUUUUUUUUUUCCACACCUCAUUUGUUUCUAAACUCAUUUGUUUCAGCCUCCGCGUGUAUCUGAUUCUAAUGAUUCGUUAUCUGCACAUCAAUUCACAGUUUUUUUUCUUUCUCUCCCAGGAGUGACCCCCCCUUUGAGCCGGCCGUGGAAGCCCCCGCCAAACCACCCCUUUCUGAUGAAGAGGAGCAGGAGGAGGAGGAGGAGGAUGAAUCUCACUACGACUCCCUGGAGAAGGCCUCGACCCCCCAGGGG